GAUAACAAGCUAGAGGAAUGUUCAGUGUGUUUUAACGAUUAUGAUGACAAUCAGCUACGACCUCGCACACUGCCAUGUGGCCACACAUUCUGCUCCCAGUGUAUUGACAAUGCUAUCAAGAAUGGUCAGCUGACCUGCCUCAGCUGCCGUGCCGAGCACACUGCCACAGCUGCUACUCAGUUCCCAAUUAGCUAUGCUGUGGAGGCUUUUGUUAGGAAACUCAAAAAUAUCCAGCUAACAACUGAGGAAGUAGUGCCAGCAAAACCUUAUGAAGGUCCCGCCAGAGGCAUCAGUAAGACAUUACGUUCCCUGGUGCAGGAGCAGAAGAGCAUCAUCAGCAGCCUCAUUACUAGCUGUGAAGAGGAGGUUGGCACAACCAUAGACACAGCUGAUGAGUGCAAGGUGAAGGUAGAAGAUUGGUUCCGGAAGUGCCAGGAACUCUUCCCAGAUGUCAACACUGUCCACACCUCGGUGAAG